AUGGCAAAUGAAUCGCCCAGACGAACUGGUGGAAAGGAACUACAGGGACUUGAAGAAGGAGGCUGGUAUAACAUUAUGGAAACCGACGAAAGAGAACGAUCAAUAUACCGAGUCGCAUGUCAAAAGGCAAGAACUAAGCAAGAUGUAGGAGAGCUGAAAUACAUCAAAGAUCAACAAGACCAAAUGCUAAUUGGUGAAAUCGAGGUGAGGAAUCGAUGGCGCGAGUAUUUCAACUUUCUUCUGAAUGUCGAGAAUGAAUGGGAAAAUUUACCAUCACUUGCGUCAACAGAAGGUCCAGUACAAAAUGUCUGUAAGGAGGAAGUAAGAAAGGCAAUUAAGAACAUGAGGUCAGGAAAAUCUGCGGUUUGCUCAAGAGUAACUAUUGAGUUGAUCAAGGCAUUGGAUGAAAAGGGUGUUGAAAUGAUCCUUUCCAUUCUGGAAAGUAUGUUGGAGGAAGGAGAAAAAUAUAAUAGUGCCAAUUUACAAACAGAAGGGCGAUUCAAUGGACUGCGGAAAUGUCAGAGGAAUUAA